AUGAAGUAUUUCGAAGACCAGGUAGUGGCUGGCGAGUGGGAGGAGGUGGAGCGCUACCUCGCGGGCUUCACCAAGGUCGACGACAACCGCUACUCCAUGAAGAUCUUUUUUGAGAUCAGGAAGCAGAAAUACCUCGAAGCGCUGGACAAGUGCGUGGUUUGCCGUCCUCGUGGCCGUUUCUGGCCGUUUGUCCCUCCUGUGACUCCGCUAUUAUUGCAUUCAACUUGUUACGACAUUAUUGUAUCCUCCCCUGCUCGCUCGUCGGUUCUCAGGCAAGAUCGAGCCAAGGCUGUGGAGAUCCUGGUGAAGGACCUCAAGGUGUUCGCAUCGUUUAACGAGGAGCUCUAUAAGGAGAUCACUCAACUACUGACCCUGGACAAUUUCCGCGAGAACGAGCAGCUGAGCAAGUACGGAGACACCAAGUCGGCGCGCAACAUCAUGCUGCUGGAGCUGAAGAAGCUCAUCGAGGCCAACCCGCUCUUCCGCGACAAGCUGCAGUUCCCCAACCUCAAGAACUCGCGCCUGCGCACGCUCAUCAACCAGAGUCUCAACUGGCAGCACCAGCUGUGCAAGAACCCGCGCCCCAACCCCGACAUCAAGACCCUCUUUGUGGACCACACCUGUGGCCCCGCGCCCAACGGCGGGCGCACACAGCCGCAGCAGCCUGCUCCGCCCAACUCGCUUCUCUCCGCCGUUCAACAGCAGCAGCAGCAACAGCAACAGCAGCAGCAACAGCAGCAGCAGCAGCAGCAGCCGCCUAAGGCCCAUCCGUUUCCCCUGGGACCGGUUGGCGUGGGCGUGGGCGUGGGCGGGCAUGCGCAGCCACUGCAGCCCUUCCAGCCUGGGGGACCAUCCGCCUCCGCCCUGGCGGGGUGGAUGGGCGGACAGCAGCCUGCAGCUGCGCCUCCCCCCCACGCCGUGGUGCCGCCCCCCCCUGCCAACCUGCCCCCAGGCCCCAACCCAGCUAUGUUGAAGCGGCCGCGCACGCCGCCAGGCAACCCAGUGGCAGUGGAGUAUCCGGGCACAGGGGACUCCGAUAUGGUGCUCAAGCGGCCCCGGGGCGGCAUGGACGAGGUCUACGGCCAAGUCCCGCCCAAUCAGCAGCCGCCACCUGUCCCAGGAGCAAUCCCAGGCCCGCCAGUACCAGCAAUAGGAGGCAACGUAGCAGGGGCAGGCCUAGGGAGUGCCGUAACUGCCGCCGCCGCAGCAGCAGCUGCUGCAGCGGCAGCAGCAGCAGCAGGGGGACAGGGGCCAGUGGCGCUAGGAGCAGGGGUUGGUUCAGGAGGCGGGUAUGCAGUGGAGGAUCUGCCCAAGACAAUUGCGAGGAACCUGAACCAGGGCUCGUGUGUGAUGACCAUGGACUUCCACCCGUACCAGCCCACACUGCUGCUCGUGGGCAGCAACACGGGGGACGUGGCGAUAUGGGAGGCGGGGUCACGAGAGAAGGUGGUGGACCGCCCGUUCAAGCUCUGGGACCCCCAGCAGUGCUCGCCGCAGUUCCAGACGCUAUGGAUGAAGGAUCAGACCAUCGCUGUGAAUCGCGUCAUCUGGGAGCCUAACGGGCAACUCUUUGGAGCGGCGUUCUCAAAGCACAUGGUGCACAUCUACACAUACCAGAACCCAAGCAGCAUGGGACAGCACCUCGAGAUCGACGCGCAUGUGGGUGGAGUGAACGACCUGGCCUUCUCUCACCCCAACAAGCAGCUCUGCAUCAUCACAUGCGGCGAUGAUAAGACCAUCAAGGUGUGGGAGGCGAGCAGUGGGCGCAAGCUGUACACAUUCGAGGGACAUGAGGCGCCCGUCUACUCCGUGUGCCCGCACCACAAGGAGAACAUUCAGUUCAUAUUCUCGACGGCCAUAGACGGCAAGAUCAAGGCGUGGCUGUACGACCACCUGGGGUCGAGAGUGGACUAUGAUGCCCCGGGCAAGUGGUGCAGCACCAUGGGGUACUCGGCUGAUGGCACGCGCCUCUUCUCCUGUGGCACGAGCAAGGAGGGCGAGACGUCACUGGUGGAGUGGAACGAGAGCGAGGGUGCCAUCAAGCGCAGCUACCUGGGUUUCCGCAAGCGCUCGCUGGGCGUCGUGCAGUUUGACACCACGCGCAACCGCUUCCUUGUCGCCGGUGACGAGUACCUGAUCAAGUUCUGGGACAUGGACAACACUGCCGUGCUCUGCACACUCGAUGCUGACGGUGGCCUGCCGGCAAGUCCGAGAGUGAGGUUCAACAGGGAGGGUUCUCUCUUGGCGGUGACGGCAGCGGACAACUCGGUGAAGAUCCUUGCCAACGACAUGGGCCUGCGCCUCCUGCGCAACCUCGAAGCCGCUGCUGCUACCGCUGCAGCCGCUGCUGCUGCCGCCGCAGCUGCUGCAGCCGCCCAGAGGCCUGUGGACACCAAGCCGCCACCACCCGCCCUGCCCCAGCCUCCAUCACAGCAGCAGCAGCAGCAGGCAGUGCAGGCAGCAGCAGCUGCAGCCGCCGCCGCUGCCGCCGCCGCUGCUGCUCAGGCGUCUCAGCAACCUCCCCCUUCCCAGGCGCCAUCUCAGCAACAGCAGCAGCAGCUUCAACAACAGCAGCAGCAGCUGCAGCAGCAACAGCAACAGCAGCAGCAACAGCAACAGCAACAGCAACAGCAGCAGCAACAACAGCAGCAGCAGCAACAACAGCAGCAGCAGCAGCAGCAGCAGCAGCAACAGCAGUUGGAUCGCUCGUCCCCUGCUUCUGCUCUUACUGCUUCGGUGCGUGCAUCCCCUCUCUCUCCUUCCACCUCUCCACCCGUCCUGCUGCCCCCUUUUCCCUCAGUUCCCUUCCCCACUUAUUGGGGCCCCGUUCCCAUUCCCGAACCCUUUCCCUCCCCCAACCCUCCCUCCACGCCCCUGCUCUGCUCACAGCAGAGGCUGCGGGAAGAUGUAUCUAGGCUGCAGGAGGACGGGCCAGACAAGAAGGGAUGGAAGCUUACUGAGUUCUCGGAGCCCUCACAGGUCCGGGCCGCCCGCCUGCCGGACAGUCUGCCGCCUAGCAAGGUGCUGCGUUUGAUCUACACCAAUUCAGGUGUGGCACUGCUGGCGCUCUCUGCCAAUGCCGUGCACAAGCUGUGGAAGUGGCAGCGCUCCGACCGCAACACCAAAGGACUGGCCACUGCGAGCUCUGUCCCGCAGCUGUGGCAGCCGGCGAGCGGCAUCAUGAUGACGAACGACAUGGGCGAUGUGAGCUCGGAUGACCGGGAGGGAGCGCACCCGGUGGCGUGCAUAGCGCUGUCCAAGAACGACUCGUAUGUUAUGUCCGCCUCGGGGGGCAAGGUCUCGCUCUUCAACAUGCUCACCUUCAAGGUGAUGACGACGUUCAUGGCGCCGCCCCCAGCAGCCACCUUCCUGGCGUUCCACCCACAGGACAACAACAUAAUCGCCAUCGGCAUGGACGAUGCCACCAUCCAGAUCUACAACGUCCGGCUUGACGAGGUGAAGAGCAAGCUGAAGGGGCACAGCAAGCGCAUCACAGGGCUUGCCUUCUCCAACGCCCUCAACAGCCUCGUGUCCUCUGGGGCUGACUCGCAGUUGUUCCUCUGGAGCACGGACGGGUGGGAGAAGCGGAAAUCCCGCCCGCUGGCUCUCCCGUCGCGCUCAUCCCCGACACAGCAGGCGGACACGAGGGUGCAGUUCCACAACGACCAGCAGCGCCUGCUGGUGGUGCACGAGUCGCAGCUCGCCAUCUACGACGCCGCCAAGCUCGACCGCCUGCGCCAGUGGCUGCCCCGCGACCUCGGCCCGCUCUCCGCGCCCAUCACUGCCGCUGCGUAUUCGUGUGACUCCUCGCUCGUGCUUGCUGCAUUCGCGGAUGCGACUGUGUGUGUGUUUGACGGGGAUAGUCUUCGGCCGCGGUGCCGCGUUGCUCCUUCGGCGUAUGCGCCGUCUGUCGGACCGGGUCUUGUGGUGCCAAUGGUGGUCGCAGCUCACCCGCAAGAUCCUAACCAGUUCGCUUUGGGUCUGAGUGACGGUUCAGUGCAUGUGCUAGAGCCUUCUGAUCCUGAUGGCAAGUGGGGCCCACCCCUGCCUGCUGAAAAUGGUUCUGGGGCGGGUGCUAUGUCGACAGGUGGGGGAAGUGGAGGUGUGGACCGAUAG